UGAGGCACAAAUUUCCUUCUUAAAGGAGGAGUAUGAUAACUUGAAGGAUGAGUAUGAGAGAAUGCAGAAACGGAUGAAUACAUCUCUUCUGCAAUCAAAUGAGGUCAUUACAACCCUCCUUACAGAAAUACAGAAAGGAGCGAAUAACUCAAUGAUGUCGUUACAUAAGUUGAUCUAUUCUUUAGAGAAUAAGAUCUCUGUGCUGGUUAAGAAGGAACAGAAGAACUCUAAUAGAGGUUGUAAUGAAUACGAAGAUGGCUCACCACAUAUACUCAAUUGUGUAGAUGACAUUGGACAUCAGAUUAAGAACUCCAGUAAUACUUUACAGGACACACAUGUGUUUUUGAAGCAAGCUUUAAAUUCUAUCAACAAGUCUUUGUAUCAAAAGAAAUCUGAAUUUCUUGAACCGGAAACUGAAGAAUUAGAACACAAUUUGAUUGAUAAUGAGAAUAUCAACCAAUUUAGAACUUGUGAUAAUAAUCUCAAUUUUUAUCCGAACAAAAAGCUUGAUGAUGACUACUGUAUUGAGACUUUUGAUUACAACAAAGGAAAAAGAGCAUUCAAUAGAAGGAAAGCUUCUAAAGAUACCAGUAAAUCUCCGAGAAUUCAGAUGAAUGCUCAAAAUGUCAAGAAUAAAUAUGCAAUUCAAGCUGAGAAGUUUUCUUCUAAAGCCCAGAGAAAAAGUCAGCUUCAGCAUCCAACAGUGAAAAAUCAAGGAUCUUUGUAUACCCAUCGAGGAGCCAGCCCUAAUUAUGACAACGCUUACAAUACAUUUCAUGUUCAACACAGUCCUUUCACAAUUCAAGGAGGAGGAAGUUAUGCAAGCAAAGCUCAUUCUCAGCAUAAUCGGAAUGUCAAUAAGAGCUAUUCUGGAAUUUUACGAAAUCAUGAGGAUCCUGCUCAAUCCAGAAUAACAGCUUCCGAAAUGAAAGGAUAUAAGGAAAGCAGAUUGUACAAGGCGAAAAACCAAGACAAUGCUUAUAGCUCAAAGCCUCGAGCUAAUCCCAAAACCCAUCGGAAAAGCAAGUCUUACAACACUUCUGGAACAAGAAAGGAGGGUUAUUCUGGCUGAAAGAUGCAAAAUAAACAAAAUCCUCCGAAUUACUCCUCUCUAUACAAAAAGGGUAAGAAGAGUAUCAACUAUCACGAAUUAUUGCAGCAGAUGAUUGAUGAGCGGAAGACUAAAGGUCACUAUUAACCCCACUCUCACCACUAAGUUGUUUCAGAAGCAUAAUUGCCCUUUCACUAC